GCCGCAUCCAUGGAGCGGCCCGCGCUGAGGACGGCCCUGUGCCUCUUGCGGAACGACCUGCGCUUCCACGACCACGAGGUGCUCCACUGGGCACACAACAAUGCAGAGCGUGUGAUUCCACUCUAUUGCUUUGAUCCCCGCCACUACACAGGGACACACCACUACAGUUUCCCAAAGACUGGGCCGCAUCGCCUCAGAUUUCUCUUGGAAAGUGUGAAAGACCUCAGGGAGACGCUCAAGGAGAAGGGCAGUAAUUUAGUGAUACGGAAAGGGAAGCCAGAAGAUGUGGUCCGUGACCUUAUUGUCCAAGUUGGUUCCGUGGCUGCCGUGGCCUUCCAUGAAGAGGCUACAAAAGAAGAGCUGGAUGUCGAAAAGGCGUUGCUCCAGGUAUGCAGCGAGCAGGGGGUGGCAGUGCAGAAGUUCUGGGGAUCGACUCUCUUUCACCGGGAUGAUCUGCCCUUCAAACACAUUUCCAGGCUACCCGACGUCUAUACUCAGUUCCGCCAAGCCGUGGAGUCGCGGGCAGCAGUCCGCCCUCCGCUAGAGAUGGCUCCUCAGCUGAAACCGCUGCCACCAGAGGUGGAAGAAGGGCAUGUCCCCAACCUGGAGGAUUUUGGCAUGACAGAUCCAUCGCGUGAUCCCCGUUCUGCCUUCCCUUGCAACGGAGGGGAGACACAGGCCUUAAGGAGGCUGCAGCAUUACUUCUGGGAGACGAACCUCGUUGCUUCUUACAAGGAGACCCGCAAUGGAUUGAUAGGACUGGAUUAUUCUACCAAGUUUGCACCAUGGCUGGCCCUGGGCUGUAUUUCGCCACGGUAUAUUUAUGAGCAAAUCCGAAAAUAUGAAAAGGAGAGAACAGCAAAUCAGAGCACCUAUUGGGUACUCUUUGAACUGACAUGGAGGGAUUACUUCCGGUUUGCGGCCCUGAAAUAUGGCACAAAGAUUUUCUUUUUGAGAGGACUCCAAGAUAAAGAUGUCUGCUGGAAAAAGGACCCCAAACUGUUCAAUUCUUGGAAAGAAGGAAGAACCGGUAUUCCCUUCGUUGACGCCAACAUGCGUGAGUUGGCCGCGACAGGCUUCAUGUCCAACAGAGGGCGCCAGAACGUGGCCAGUUUCUUGACCAAAGACUUGGGCCUGGACUGGCGGAUGGGAGCAGAGUGGUUUGAAUCCCUGCUGGUGGAUUACGACGUCUGCAGCAACUACGGGAACUGGUUGUACAGCGCCGGCGUUGGCAACGACCCAAGAGAAAACAGGAAGUUUAACAUGAUUAAACAAGCCUUGGAUUAUGAUGGCGACGGAGAUUACGUCCGGUUCUGGGUCCCAGAACUGCAGUGCAUAAGAGGAGGAGACGUACACACUCCCUGGGCCUUGAGCAACGGUGCCCUCGCUCAGGCUGGUGUGAUCCUCGGGGACACCUAUCCUCUGCCAAUCGUGAUGGACCCAGCAUGGAGACGGCACGUCCACCAGAAGCCGCACAGCGGCGGUCCUGCUCCAAAGGGCAAAAGGGGCCCCUCGUACACUCCAAAACAACACAAAGAUCGGGGAGUGGAUUUUUAUUUUUCUCGCAAGAAAGACUUGUCUUGAAGACUGUAGCUGUGCUUUCCUGGGAAAAUGACCGAGUCUUUCUUGGCCCAAUUCUUUUGGUUCUGGCAAGAUUACCUUUCCCGAUGUUCUGUUCUCCAGAUGUGUUGGACUGCAUCUCCCAUAAUUCCCAGCCAGCUGGGAAUGUUGCACAAGCUGCAGCUUCCGAACUGUCUUCAAAGGCAGACCCACGUUAAAUGUUGGAGAACAAACGGUUCCGCCUAUGAUAUUAACUCUUGCAGUAGGGUAGGUCAGUUUGCCUGAACAAGGAUUCUGCGUCUAACUUGAAAAGCUCACGAAGGCAAAAGAGAAUCCAAAUGAAAAUACUGUCACCCCAUGUAUCUCAAAGUCUCUGGCCCUGUUCAGACAACACGCUAAACCAUGCUGCUUAACCACAAAAUGGUUAAUGGAAUGCAUUAAGUAACAAUAAAGACAAUAUCU